AUGUGUGGUAUUUAUGCGUCGAUCUCAACUCGAGGCUUCCAAAUUCCAAGCCCUGGAUUGAAGCACUUGCUGUGCAAGAGAGGCCCCGACCAUGUUGGAGAAGUGCAAGCAGAGAUAGAGGAUGAUGGAUUGACAUAUUAUCUUUCCUUCACAUCAACUGUCCUCGCUCUCAGAGGAGGUCAUGUCACCGCUCAGCCCUUCAUCGACCCCCAGAGUGGCUCCGUAUUGUGCUGGAAUGGUGAAGCCUGGAAGAUUGGCCCAGAGACUGUUGCUGGCAACGACGGUCAAAAGGUCUUCGCUGCACUCCUGGGAGCUAGCACUACGCAAGGUAUUGGCUCAGAGUCGACCAGUAAGGUUGUCGAGACCUUGAACAGCAUCUCGGGGCCUUUUGCUUUUGUCUUUUUUGACAAUAUUCAUAAACAGUUGUUCUUUGGGCGAGAUCGCCUUGGACGACGUUCUCUCCUUCAUAAUAGUCUUGAUGAUUCAAAAUCUAUCGAAUUUUCAAGUACGGCAGAUCCUGCAAGAGGCCUCUGGGAAGAAGUCGAGGCUGAUGCCAUUUAUGUGCUUUCAUGUAGGAAGGAGGAUGCCGGGAAGGAGGUCCAUCGUUCAGAUCCAGGACUCAUCUCGGCAUCAAUACUACCGCUGCACAGAUAUGCUUGGGGCGUUUCUGGACAAGCACUGCAAUCCGCUUCUCGAGAUAUGAUGGAGAUUUCAAGCGUGCCAUCUUUAGGCGUGUUUAACAGAAGUCUCCCAUUGAGCGCCCAAGUCCUCAACGCCCAGACUUCAUCUGUGAGGCUGUUGCGUGAUCAUCUAUGUGAGUCUCUUAAACUCAGGAUUCUUAACAUUCCUGAACCUCCCGGUUUUGACCAAUCACAUAAUGUACGCGUCGCUGUCCUAUUCUCUGGCGGCCUUGAUUGUACAGUGCUGGCGCGUAUGGCGCACGACCUGCUUCCGCCGGAGCAGCAUAUCGAUCUGGUCAAUGUGGCGUUUGAGAAUCCUCGAGUGAUUCAAGCCGCUGAAAACGCGCCUAAAUCAAAGAAGCAAGCCAAAAUGGAUACUAAGAGCCAAAAUGAUACGAAAGGUCAAAAUGGCGCAACCUUCACAGGAGAUCCUGUCAGAAUAUCACCCUACGAGUCUUGUCCUGACAGAGAAACUGGGAGAAAAGCUUUCCAAGAAUUACAAGAAGUGUGUCCUAAUAGAAUCUGGAGAUUUGUUGCAGUCAACAUACCGUACACAGAAACAAUGGCACAUAGAGAGACUGUGGUCAGUCUGAUCCACCCACACAAUACGGAGAUGGACCUUUCAAUAGCUUAUGCACUUUAUUUUGCUGCCCGUGGAACCGGGAUUGCGUCAUCUAAUUUGGAUCCGAGCCCUGCCCCCUACAGUACACCAGCUCGUGUGCUCCUCUCUGGCCUUGGAGCCGAUGAAAUGUUUGGUGGAUAUACGCGUCACGCAACAGCUUUCAACAGGAAUGGCUUUCCGGGCCUGCUUGACGAGCUCGAGUUGGACGUCAAUAGGCUAGGCAAGCGAAAUUUGGGUCGUGAUGAUCGUGUUAUCUCCCACUGGGGUCGGGAAGCACGUUUUCCAUUCCUGGAUGAGUCACUGGUGAAGUGGGCAGUUGAGUGCCCAAUAUGGGAGAAGUGUGGCUUCCAGACGAUCCCCUCACAGGAGCAAGAGGUUCCGCAGAUAGAGCCUGGCAAGAAAGUGCUUCGUCUGUUGGCUUACGAGCUCGGGAUGCAUUCUGUGGCACAAGAGAAGAAGCGAGCUAUCCAAUUUGGGGCGAGAACGGCAAAGAUGGUAGUUGGAAAAACAAAAGGCACUUCGCUAAUAUCAUGA